CACCUUCAAGAAGAGGGAUUUUUUUGGGGAGGGGGAGGCGUUUCUCCUCAUGGCCCCCCCAUUUUUGCCCCCCACCCCUCAGACUACGUUUACUUCGAGAACUCCUCCAGCAACCCCUACCUGGUGCGGCGCAUCGAGGAGCUCAACAAGACGGCCAAUGGCAAUGUGGAGGCCAAGGUGGUUUGUCUGUUCCGGCGGCGCGACAUCUCCAGCAGCCUCAACAGCCUGGCCGACAGCAACGCUCGCGAGUUCGAGGAGGAGUCGAAGCAGCCGGCCAUGACGGAGCAGCAGCGGCACCAGCUCAAGCACCGGGAGCUGUUCCUGUCCCGCCAGUUCGAGUCGCUCCCGGCCACCCACAUCCGCGGGAAGUGCAGCGUGACGCUGCUGAACGAGACCGACAUCCUGGGGCAGUACCUGGAGAAAGAGGAUUGCUUCUUCUACUCGCUGGUGUUCGACCCCGUGCAGAAAACGCUGCUGGCGGACCAGGGCGAGAUCAGGGUGGGCUGCAAGUACCAGGCCGAGAUCCCUGAGCGCCUGGCUGAAGGCGAGUCGGACAACCGGAACCAGCAGAAGAUGGAGAUGAAGGUGUGGGACCCCGACAACCCCCUGACAGACCGGCAGAUCGACCAGUUCCUGGUGGUGGCUCGGGCUGUGGGGACGUUUGCACGGGCGCUGGACUGCAGCAGCUCCAUCCGCCAGCCCAGCCUGCACAUGAGCGCGGCCGCGGCCUCCCGAGACAUCACCCUGGUGAGGGGGAGCCCCCCAAAACUCUCUUACAGCUCUCAGUUCUCACUUGGACACCCCAAAAACUCCUUAGAACCCACCAUUUCUCACUGGGACACCCUAAAAACUUCUUUAGAAUUUCUCAUUUCUCACGGGGACACCCAAAAAUCUCCUGAGUUUUGGGAGGGGUUUCAGAUCCUGGGGUUUGGUGUGGGGGGAUCCUGUGGGGGCCCCUGGGUCCCCCUAGAGUGUCCCAGUUCCCCCCCAGUUGCCCCCAGUAACCCCCAGUUGCCCCCCACAGCGUCCCAGUCCCCCCAGUGGUACGCCUGGGGCCCCCCCAACAUGCAGUGCCGCCUCUGCGCCUCCUGCUGGAUCUACUGGAAGAAAUACGGGGGGCUCAAGACCCCCACCCAGCUGGAGGGGGUGACCCGCAGCGCCUCGGAGCCCCAUUCUCGGAGUCACCUGUCCCUGUACUCUGCCUGAUGUGUUUUAGGUGGGAUUUGGGGGUUGUCCAACCCUUUCUAACCCCCCCCAAAUCCCCAGGAACCCCUGUCCUGAGGUCACCUGUCCCCCUACCCCCACAGGAGGUGUUUCUGGGGGGAUUUUGGGGUUGUCCAACCCUUUCUAACCCCCCAAAAAUCCACAGGAGCCGCACUCCCAGGGUUACCUGUCCC